GCAAUGCCUCACACGCAGCGACAGCAGGUUGGCAGUAGGGGGCAGUGCUCCUCCCGCCUCCUCCCCCUUCUCCUCCUCCUUCUCUCCCUUGCUGCCCAGCCCUGCCAAGCAGCCAUAAACAUACCCUCCAACUACCACAUGAGUGAUCUCAAGAGGCCUCCAGUGAUCACCACGCAGCCGGAGUCUGUCACCGUCUUUAGUGUUGAAGACCUCGUCAUGAGCUGUGAAGCUUCCGGCAACCCUUCGCCCAUUUUCCGAUGGACAAAGAACGGAGAGGAGUUUGACCCGGGCAGUGACCCAGAGCUGAAGGUUACUGAGCGCUUUGGCUCAUCCGCGUUCUACACACUCAGUAAUACUAUGGACACCCUGAAGCAGUACCAAGGCAAAUACGUCUGCUACGCAUCCAACGAGCUGGGGACAGCCGUCUCUAACGAGGCCAUACUCAACACUGAUGCCCCCCCCUCCCAGCAGAAAGAAAAAAAGGUUAAUGUGAAGGCUGAAGAGGGUAACAGUAUGGUUCUGAAGUGUAACCCCCCGCAGAGCUCUAUGGAGCCUAUCAUUCACUGGAUGGAUUGGCGUCUACACCAUAUCCAGCUAAGUGAUCGGGUGGUCGUGGGAAAGGAUGGUAACCUAUACUUUGCCCAUUUGACAACUGAGGACAGCAGGAAUGACUACACCUGCAAUGUCCAGUACCUGACAACACGCACCAUUCUGGCAAAGGAACCCAUCACUCUGACUGUCAACCCCUCCAACUCUGUACUGCGGAACAGGAGGCCCCACAUGAUGAGACCUUCUGGAAGCCACAGCACUUACCAUGCCCUCAAGGGCCAGAUCUUGGAGCUUGAGUGCAUCGUCCAAGGCCUUCCAACUCCCAAAGUGUCGUGGCUGAGGAAGGACGGCGAGCUGUCUGAAUCUCGGACCUCUAAAGAUCUCUUCGACCGCCGCCUGCGCUUCACUGAUAUCAGUGAGAGCGACGGUGGCGAGUACCAGUGUAUAGCUGAGAACUCCCAAGGGAAGAUCGCACACACUUACACUGUGACUGUGGAAGCGGCUCCCUACUGGACCAAGAAGCCAGUCAGUCAGUUAUAUGCCCGAGGUGAGACUGUCAGACUAGACUGCCAGGCAGACGGCAUCCCCGCUCCAACUAUCAGUUGGACCAUCAACGGGACCCCCCUCUCAGCAACCGACAAGGACUCCAGACGCACUCUAACUGCAAGCGGAUCUGUAAUCUUAGAGGAUGUCAACUUUGGAGACACUGCCAUCUAUCAGUGUCGGGCCUCCAACAAGCAUGGAACCAUCCUCACCAACACCAACGUCUAUGUCAUUGAGCUGUCUCCCCAGAUCCUCACUGAGGAUGGGAAUACAUACACAUUUACAGAGGGCAUGAAAGCUGUGCUGCAAUGUGAGACCUUUGGCUCUCCUAAACCUAAAGUCAUAUGGGAAAGCGGCAGCAGCUCUUCCCUUCUGGCAGAUCCCAGAGUCAACCUUCUCACCAACGGGGGGCUUGAGAUCUCUAAUGUCACCCAUGACGACGAGGGCAUCUACAUCUGCUCUGUGCAGAACACCAACUUGUCUGUCAGUGCCGAGCUGGAAGUGCUCAACAGGACAGUGAUCCUGUCACCUCCCCAGGCUCUGAAGGUGCAGCCUGGAAACACAGCAACCUUCACAUGUCAGGCUCUUGUGGCUCAAACUGGCUCUCCACAAAUUCAGUGGAGAAAGAACAAUCAGAAGCUCUUUGAGUCCCCUAGUGACAAAAAAUACACAGUUGAAGGACCAGACCUGAUAAUAGCUAAUGUGGGACCACACGAUGAGGGAGUGUACACCUGUCAGGUCAUAACUGAUCUGGACACGGCUGAAGUCAACAGCACCCUCACGUUAUGUGAUCGUCCAGAUCCCCCUGUCCUCCUCCAGAUCACCGAUCCUAAGCACCGUGCGGUCACCCUCAGCUGGACUCCUGGAGAUGACCACAACAGCCCCGUGCUAGAGUAUGUUGUUGAGUUUGAGGACCAAGGUGCAAAAGAGAUGGGUUGGGAAGUGCUGAAGAGAGUAAGAGGAAACAAGGAGCGUGCUAGCCUCCCUCUGUGGCCCUACAUGUCCUACCGUUUCCGGGUCACUGCCAUCAAUGAUGUGGGCAAGAGCCAUGCCAGCAAGCCAUCUGAAAUCCACAACACACCUGCUGAAGCUCCUGACAAUAACCCUGAAGAUGUUAGGAGUGAGUCCACAGACCCAGACACUCUGGUCAUCGCCUGGAAGGAAAUGGACAAACGUAACUUCAAUGGACCUGACUUUAAGUACCGGGUGCUGUGGAGGCGAGUGGUGGGCAGCGGGCCCAACUGGCACACCAACUACACAACCACACCACAAUUCACGAUCAAUGACGUCGGCAACUUUUCUGCCUUUGAGAUCAAAGUUCAGGCUGUCAAUGAGAAAGGGGAGGGACCUGAGCCAGACCCUGUUAUUGGCUACUCAGGAGAAGAUGUUCCAUUAGAGGCUCCAAUGAAUGUGGGUGUUGUGCUAAUAAACAGCACUACCAUCAGAGUGAUCUGGGCAGCAGUAGACAGAGAGACGGUCAGAGGGCACCUUCUGGGAUACAAGAUCUACUUGACCAGAACCGGCUCCAGGGGCCACCACCGACGCCGUAGGGCCAGGGAGCCAGAAACCACUGUGGUGGUGGAGACCGGGGCCAACGAGGAGAAGAAGGUGAUCAGUGAUCUAAGGCCGUACUCCCACUAUGACCUGGCCGUCACUGUAUUCAACAGCAAGGGAGAGGGACCCCCAUCCGAGACGCUACCCUUCAAGACCAAUGAGGGAGUUCCUGGUCCUCCCACAUCCCUGACACUCGACAGCCCCUCAGAGACAGAAAUGACCCUCCACUGGACAGCUCCUGGACAGCCCAAUGGAGUCCUGAUUGGAUAUCUACUGCAGUACCAACAGAUUGUGGAGAGUGAUGACAGCCCCAUGCAGGUAGAGAAAAUCGACGACCCCACGGUCACUCACCUCACCCUGAAGGGCCUGGACCGUCACAGCCACUACCGCUUCUACUUAAGGGGGCGCACUGCUGCAGGGGACGGAGAGGCCAUCAUGAGGGAGGGUGCCACCACGCUGGAUGGAGCACCUCCUGCCAACAUCAGCCUGUCUGUGGGGGAAAACUCAGUUAACCUAAGCUGGGUGCCCAAGAAGAGACACAGGAAUGUUAGCUUUCAGAUCCACUACCUCAAAAAAAAUGAUGGCAGUAAAUGGAAGACGGAGAAAGUGAACUCCUCUCAGUCUUUCUACGAGCUCCAGGGCCUGACUCCUGGCUCUCAUUAUCGUCUACGCUUCACCUACAGCAACACCACCUUCAGGGAGACUGACAUCGAGACAGAAGGAACAGGAGUGACGGAGAUGCAACCAAGCUUUGCAACACAGGGCUGGUUCAUCGGUCUUGUGAGCGCCAUCGUGCUGCUGCUGCUGAUAUUGCUCAUCCUCUGCUUCAUCAAGAGGAGUAAAGGGGGGAAGUAUUCAGUGAAAGAUAAAGAAGAGGGUCCGAUGGACUCUGAAGCACGGCCUAUGAAGGAUGAGACUUUUGGAGAGUACAGAUCUCUAGAAAGUGACCUUGAGGAGAAGCGCACGGCCAGCCAGCCGUCCCUGUGCGAGGAGAGCAAGCUGUGCAGCGAGGACAACCUGGACUUCAACGGCAGCAGUGCCAUAACAAUGGAGCUCAACAUGGACGAGUCUCUGGCCAGCCAGUUCAGCCGGCCCAGCGAGGGUCCAGAGGCGCUCCAUGGCCUGCCAGACAACUCCCCGCUCAACCCCACCACUGUCUCCCCAGCCGCCAAUGGCAUGCCCAACUCAGUCACCAUCCUCGAUUAACUGCCACACAUCCACCGGGGACCAUCAGACCAAAACAUGUCAACACAUAUGUGCCCAUACGCUCAUGUUCCCUACUGACUUGCUGAUCUGUAGUUUGACGACUAAUACACAAUCAAUAUGUUGACUAUUCAGAUGCACCUGGCAGUCAUCUGAUCGACUGGACUAUUUUGACCAAAGGAGUGUCCAAAGUAGUGGACAAUGUGAUACAAGCCUGACUGACCUGAAGAUGUCCUUUGACCCUGCCCCUCACCCUACUUUAUCUGUGUAGUUUACAACAUACCUUAAUGACUAACAUUCAUUUCACACCCCUUUUCUUUUAGUUUCUCUCCGCAGACAACUCUAUAGAAAGAUAAAGACAGAAUGUUGUGCAGGUAGAAAUAUCAGAGGGAUUGUAGGUAUGGUCCUAUAGAGAUGCAGAGUAGUGCAUUGAAAGGGAAGGGUGAUGGUAGAGCAUAGUGUGGGGAAACAGACAGCACAUGCUGCUGUGAAAAGUCUUGAAUCGUAGACAUUUAUCAUGCCUUAUAUUAUUUCGCACAUGAUUUUGUACGCCAUUUUUUAAAUGUAUUUGAAUUAAAAACAUCCUCUUUUGUUAUCUGCCAUUACUGAUUUAUAUCAUCACUUUUUCAUAUUGUUUUCUACAUUAUUUAUAUGAAACCCAUGACUUCUCUUUAUUGACAUAGUUCAUAGAUGCUUUCAUUGAAACUAAGUGAAGCCAAGUUUCGUACUAUAAGUAACAUUGGAUGCAUAAUGGGAACUUGCUGUGAAAAUGCCGAGUAGCAUCUGGUGUAUAUAGCUGCAUCUACAUCUAUCUAUUUAGCCAUAAUACAGUAUUAUAGAUAUGUACAUGCUCCUUAUAAGUUCCUGUGCCUGCUGGGUCUGCAUAGAGCACCAGAUUGAUGUCAUUACUCUCUCGCCUUCCCACCAGAAGUGUAAUGUCAUUAUUGGAAAUGAUAUUGUAAUUUUUUUGUGUCGAGACCUAUGUGUAGCUUUCUGUAACUGUCUUUGUCUCUUUCUACACUGUAUUAAAAACAUUGUUGUCUCUAAUUAACAAUCUUUUCAUACCUGUCCAUCUCAUACUACGCAUAACAGUUUGAGGAGCAGUAUUUAUGUAUAUUUACAGAUCAGAGUGGAGUCUUGCGGGCAAACACUCUCAAGUUUAAUUUUCAGACCCUCAUCAAUGCAAGUUGAUAUUGCAGACAGGCAUAAUGAUUGCCAGUUGAUGUAUAAUAAAGGCAAGCUGUUGGUAUUUGCAUCAAACUCAGAGAAUGUAUUCUUUUUAGCGCUGGGAAGACAUUUUAUUUACAUGCUACUGAAUAAAAAAAUCAAAAGGUACUGGAGAAAUAACAGUGGUUAUGAGAAGCUUUUUUCCCCACCACAGAGUGUAAAUACAACCCAUAAAGAUUGUUUUGAUGAACCCAACCAUGUUUGAUAUAAAAAUGUGAAAAAUGUGCAGGUUUGAAAUCACUUAACUUAAUUUUAAAAUGUUGCAAGUUGUCAUUUUAUUUUUCUUUGUUGUACUAUUGCUAUGAAUUCAAACUUUCAGUUUCUGACUAAUGAUUGCAGUGAGAUUUGGCUGUUUUAGCAAAAAUAGAUCAAAGCUGAGGAAAAACAUCAAUAAAAAAGAAUAGUAAAAAAUCCACAUUGUUCUGUAGAUGUUUGCAAACAUUUCAAAAAUUUGUGUCAUUUAGUGAUAGUAGUAGUUAACAUUACAAUGAAAGCUAAGAUUGUGUUUAUGCCUAUAACCAUCCAGCAAUGCAUUGCAGCGCAGUGAAUAUCUGUGGAGUUAUUGUCUGAUGCAGUUAUGAGUAGAAAGGGAUGCAGCGAGACAGUUUGUGCAUACCACGGGGAGUACCUAUAUGCAACAUCGCUGACUCAGUUCUCCCAAUUCAAAUAAAAGCUUGACACUGGCCAAACGUCACCUGACAGUCCCUGAGGUAAAGUAUAUGGGAUGUCUAAAAAGGCUAGUGGCAGUGAAAGAAGUGUGUGUAAGAUCCCUGUUGUUGGUUAUUCAGACACACUCAGGACAAAUAAAGCUUUUAAAAAAAUCUAUUUUCAUACAGGAGGGCAGAAUGCAACAAAAUAUGCCAAUAUUCUAACUUGACUAUCUGCUGCUAAACAUCUGUGUUUGUCAGUGUUCGUGGCAAAUGUUAGCUUUGAAUGAGGAAUGAGUGUACACACACAGAUACUCACUCGACUGCCACUCACUCUUUGCUUUUCAUGUGUCGAGGGGAAAGCUGAGGACACCGGCCUUUGCUUUUCCACUGUUGUCCCCCCCCCCCCCUUUUUUAUAGUUAAAAGAUAAAAAGCUAUUAAAAAGUGAAUUGGUUUGUUUAGAGAAGCUUCUUCAAAA